CUGGAACCCGCAUAUCCUCGCAACGAGUACGACAUUACGGUAUUUACGAGCCCAGCAAACAACUGGAGCCUGGCAUACCCGCCGCCCGCCAACCGCCAACCGCCAACCCAGCCAGCCACGAUGGACCGGGACAGCACCGCGGAGAGUGGAGGAGGAGGAGGAGGGCUGGCGAAGCUGCUUCCAAAAUCCAUCGCAGCCAAGCGCCGCCGCAGGAAGCAGGAAGCGCAAGAAGAAGAGGCUGCCGCAGCGACGGCGGCAUUACUAUUGGGAGUCAAGGGAGAAGAUGUCACGGCCCCGGCCGACGAACACUCAAUUUCGCAUGCACAGGCGCCGCUAAAGGACGGCGACGACGUCAGCCAGUUCUCCAGCUUCUCCAGCAGACGCGACAGCGGUUCCUACGUGGGAUUCCAUGACACGGACAGCCUCGCAAGAGAGAGCAGAGACACCACAAGGGAGAGCUCGACAAGCAUACCCGACCCGGACUACGAGUACCACGAUCCUCGCGACUACGCGCCGGGCGCCCCAGACUACGACGGUGCCGAAGCCACUGGCAUGGUAUCGCUGGACAGUUAUGAGGAAAACGUCGCUGGUGACGACACCGACACCGACCGAGACAUACGCGGAGUAGCCUACCGAGGCAGGGCUGCAGCUUCAACAUCUGACCUCACCACCUCCUCAAAGCAUUUCGACCUACACGACGCGCCACCAGUCCCACCGCUCCCGACUGUUACGGCACCACAACCCAAUCCGACAAACAACACGAAUGCGUCCUCUCGUGUAACAACCUCUCAUUCCCCGGAGCGACGUCGCUCGAGAGCUUCCACCAACAACUCCACCAAAAUCGACACUUCAUUCGUUCCCUCCACCCCGCCCAACCAAGAGAAAGACACUCCCGUCAUCGUCAACACCCCUCCGACCCCGACAGACCACAACGCUCCCUCCGCACAUUCCUCGCCUGAGCCCGGUUCGCAGUCCGCAUCCGCCGUUGAUGCAGCUACGAGCACUUCGGCCAACACGAAUGGUGGUUCCCCCCAGGGUAGUAUGAUUGCUCACCGAAGGGGCAGAUCUGGAUCAGGCAGUAUAGGGCCUAGCAAGCUCUCCAACAUCACAAACGCUCCUUUGACACCCAUCCCCGACACCUCCGCAAGUAACCCAGGUACCCCGGCACCGGGAGGCGGCUUCUUCUCGUCCGUUUUCUCCGCCGCGCAGAACGCCGCAACACAACUCAGCAGCACCAUCCAAAACACAAGCAUUGGACCAACACCUCCCAAAAACAAGACUACCAAUAGACCACCCGACAUCAAGAUCGAAGACCAUCCCGAGGUCGAGCCACCUCUUCCCUCCGUGACUGGAUCCACAAUGGAGAAGGAACCUGCAGUCAAGACUAUUGGCACGGGAGAGCUAAGCCUCAGCCAGCUGGGGAUAACAGAUACAGGAAGCGCCGCCGGGACCCCUUUGACCGCGAAGUUCCCGGAUACCGUCGACUCCCGUUCUAGAUCCGAAUCCGCCCCCACCGAUGCCGCAUACGCAGCCGCGACCCGCGACCUUGGACCGGACGACGGCCGGCAGACCACGAGACCCCAAUCGCUGUACGAUCCCGGAAGCGGAGGCGACCGCACACCGCCGUCGAGUAGCAUAAACGAGGACAAGAAUUCUGGCAUCCACCGAAGCGGAAGCAUCCGAAGCGCCAUUGGACGCCACCGCAAACGAGGAAGUUCUGCCGUCUCUGGAGGUACGGCCACUACUAUUGGUGCUGCGAUUGCUGCGGCUAACGCGUCUGUCGCCCAUCCUCAAGCCAACGCAAGCGUCCCGAAACUUACUGGAUUCGCCGUUGCGAGCAAGAAGCGCAACCGCGACUUCCACACCUUGUUCAAGAGCGUGCCGGAUGAUGAUUACCUUAUAGAAGACUACAGCUGUGCGUUGCAGCGCGAAAUCUUGGCGCACGGCCGACUCUACGUCUCCGAAGGCCACCUGUGCUUCAGCAGCAACAUCCUCGGCUGGACGACGACGCUCGUCAUGAGCUUUGACGAAAUCGUGAGCGUCGAGAAGCGGAGCACGGCCCUGGUUUUCAAAAACGGACUGAUGAUAACGACACUGCAUGCGAAACACGUCUUUGCCAGUUUCACGAGCCGGGACUCCACCUAUGACCUAAUCGUCAACAUUUGGAAACUGGGUCAUCCGACCUUGAAGAGCUCCUUAAACGGAGUGCAGCUGGAGGGUACGGGUGGUGAUAAAACGGAGAAGGUUGACGCGGAUGCAGUGGCCCCAGAAGUUGAUGAAGCGAGCUUGUCAGACGGCACCGAGGAAGACAGCGAAUCGGGCGACGAUGACGACGUCUACGACGAGGACGACGACAACGAAGAUCUCCAGGAAAUAACACAACCAACCGACAUGAAUCCCGAACCCGAGGUCGAGAAGACCGUCUCACGGAAGGUCUCUGGCGCCGGCGCCAACGGCGGUGUCGCCGAUGUCGUCAAGGACGCUGUUGGCACACCCGCUGGCGCGAAGGACUAUCCUGGCCCGGCGACCCACGCGCCGACGGAUUGCGGUGACUCGGGCACCCAUUACGAGAAGGUCGUUGGAGACGAUGUCAUUCCUGCGCCCAUGGGCAAGGUCUACGAUCUGCUCUUCGGCCCUGCAUCGGUCACAUGGAUGUCUAAGUGGCUCACCGUGGAGGCCAAGUGCACCGAUCUGCAGAUGGAAGACAAGAAGGGUCUGUCGCCUGACAACAAGUCGCGCUUUUUCAGCUACAUCAAGCCUCUGAACGGCCCUAUUGGCCCGAAACAGACAAAGUGCCUCGUCACGGAAACGUUGGAUAACUUCGACCUCGAGAAGGCGAUCAACUUUAACGUCACUACUCAGACGCCAGAUGUUCCCAGCGGUAACAUCUUCAGCGUCAGGACAAAAUACUGCUUGUCAUGGGCGGAGAACAACCAAACCCGGGUCCAGACCAACUGCACAGUUGAGUGGACGGGCAAGAGUUGGUUGAAGGGCCCCAUUGAAAAGGGAGCAAACGAAGGUCAGGCACAGUACUUCAAAGAUCUCUUCGCCAGCUUGAAGUCCGCCGUAUCGACAAAAUCCCGCGCAGGAGGCGCGGCCGGCGCCGCCUCCAAGGGCAGGAAGAAGGGCAAGAAGGGCAAGGCCACCGGCUCGUCAACGGACGUCGAGGACGAGCCCGCCCGCGCGAGACACGUCCCCAAGACGGACUGGGGCCCGUUGGAGCCCGUGCGCGGCAUUCUGGAGCCGAUCCUCGACAUCGCCAAGCCCCUCAUGACCGGCAACAUGAUGUACGGCCUCCUGGUUGGUCUCCUGGUCGCGACGUGGUUCGGCUUCGGCCUACCGGGGCGGCAGUCGUCCAGCGACCUCCGCAUGUACGGAUACCCCGACCGCCUCGCCGCGUACGACGAGAUGUGGCGCCGCGAGGAGAGCGAGCUGUGGGAGUGGCUUGAGGAGCGCGUCGGCCUCGAGCGGCUGCACGACCCCAACAUGUCGACGCGCAAGAGGGCGAUGGAGCCCACGACGGCCGAGGAGAAGUUGAGGGAAGACCGCAUGGACGAGCGGGAGAUCGAGGAGGCGAUCAAGGUCACGGAGGAGAAGCUCAAGGUGUUGAAGGGGGUCAUGGAUAAGAAGAAGACCAUCACCUGA